CAAACAUAACCUCAAAAUAACAAAAAAUUGUUUAUUUCUAAUUUUUGUUACAAAAAAUAGAAAUCAAUGCCGUUUCCGCUUCUUCUCUUUGAGCUUCAUCUUCUGCUUGUUCUCCCGCCGCGCCUUCUUCCGCUGCUUCUGCCCCUCAAUUUUUGUCUUCAUUUGAAACACUUUGCUCUUUUGCACCUUCUUAGUGGCCUCCUUUUUGAGUAGUCGUUUCACGUCCCGUUCCGAAUCGAAUUUCCGCGUCACUUUGGUGUCCCUCUGCUUCAGGUCCAUUCCAGGCACUUCGCUUUCUUCCUCAUUUUCACAAAUUGGUUGAUUGGCCCCGAUCCAGUUACUCUCUUUUGCGAUCACAUCGGUCGAUAAUUCCUCAAUUCGCACAGUUGCGUCCUCGUCUUCGUACUCCUCUUUGAGGAGGGUCUCCAAUUCGGGGAUGGGGCGGGCAGAGACAACUAAUUUUUUGUAAGACUCCUUCGCUUCGGUUUUGAGACGCUUUCUCUCCUCCUUUAAUUCGCGUUCGAGCUUCUCGCGGGCUUCUUUCUUACGCUGGAGUUUGCGUUUGUGGAAACCGGUGAGGAAGUCCCUAAAAAGUGAGGUUAUGUCAAGAGUGACACGAGAAGUGUUAACUACACAUAAAAACGGUGAAUUUCACGAACCUUCGCUUCUUUUCAUCGAAAACCAAAUGUAAUUUGUUUGUGCGAUUUUUGGGGUUUUUUUGGCGAUUUUUUUUGACAGAUGAACCAGCCGCCAUUUUGUGUUUUUUUCUAGUACUUGAAGUAAAUAAGCCAAGAACAAGACUGUGUUAAUAACUUACUUUAGUGGUAAUUUUAAAAUCACCCCUUAAUUUUUUCAAACAGAAAUUUAUUUGUUCGUGAAUAACAUGCUUUGAAGGGUUUUAUGAACGUGGUUGGCUCUUUGACUAAUCAUCCCUUUCACGCCUUUGGGUAAUUUUUCGACCAAUCAGAGCCAUAUCGUGGCAUAAAGUCGGCGCUCAUCUCAUCAUGGCUGUCAGUAUAAAUUUGAUCGUUGAAUCAUGAACUUCCCUUCAUUUAAAUCGUCACAUAACCCGAAUUUUUCGUUAAUUUUUCUAUUAAAACGACCAAAAGUGAUGAUGAAACGUUACAAGACGUCCCUUUCGAUCAAGUGACUGCGUUUCCGACCGUCAAAUCGAAUCGUCGCUUCCAUAUGUUCGCAUUAACCCCAGUUAAUCAUGACGUCGAGCAGGUUGGACAGACUGUUUGUACUUUUGGAAACGGGCAGUUCGGCGGUAACUCGCACCGCAGCGGCCAAACAACUGGGGGAAGUACAGAAAUUGCACCCCCACGAAUUGACCACUUUACUGACCCGAACUGCGACCUAUCUACGGUCGACCAAUUGGGAGACUCGCAUUGCCGCCGCGGAGGCCGUUAGGGCAAUCGUCAGCAAUGUGCCCCCCUGGGAGCCCCGGCCCGUCCCUGAGGAUGAGCCCCAAACGCCUCCGUUAUCAAUUGUGGGUCGUUUACGUUUCCACCAAUUUGAUAUGGACAAAGUGCUCAAGAACAGCACCCACUUGAUGGCAUCCGAAGGCAAAGAAUUUGACCUUGAGGAGGAUUCAUCGACUGAUAUUCGUGAAAAAAUGGCCAAACAAAGACAAAUUUUGAAUGCUAGAUUGGGUCUAGAGGUCGCUGGUCGUAUCGGAAUCGAUACUACCAACCUAUUCACUAAUGAAGAUUUAAUUGUGGAAAAUUGCGAAAAAAAUAACGAAAUUUCACGAAAACCACUUCGCGACUUAAUUUCAAGCGGUUUAAGUUCCCGAGAGAUGAAUCGUGCGAGAAGAAAAGCACGUCAAGCGGUGUCGAAACAACGAUCACGUGAUCCGGACGAAAUGACAAGUGACGAACCUGAGAAAAAACGAAUUAAAAUUGAAAUCAGGGACGAGAGUAAUAACAGUAUGGAUGUGCCCGACAUUGAUCCCGACUCGGGUGAUUGGCCCCUUGAAUGGUUCUGUGAUUCCCUCAGUCAGGAUUUGUUCAGUUCUAGUUGGGAGACACGUCACGGUGCUGCAACCGCCCUUCGUGAAAUAAUCACGGUACAUGGGCGUGGCGCCGGCAAGAGUACCAACCUAACCGUCCAACAAAUGCAAGAAUGUCACCAGAUUUGGCUCGAGGAUAUGGCAAUACGCCUACUAUGUGUUCUAGCUCUUGACCGUUUUGGGGAUUUUGUUUCUGAUGCAGUGGUAGCACCGGUACGUGAAACGUGUGCACAGAGUUUAUGUGCCGUUUUGAAACUAAUGGAGGAGAGUGGUUGUAAAGGUGCUUUGAGAAUUCUCCUCCAAUUAUUGGGGCACCAAGAAUGGGAGGCGCGUCAUGGGGGUCUCCUAGGGCUCAAAUAUUUACUAGCCGUACGCGAGGAUAUGGUCAAUACGUUACUACCGGAAGCAUUUCCGUUUAUACUUCAAGGUUUGUCCGAUAAUGUGGAUGAUGUCGCUGCGGUCGCCGCUUCAGCUUUAAUUCCAGUCACGGGAAAGUUGGUACGACUGGUACCAGAAUCGGUUCCUGUGGUUGUAAGCAAAUUAUGGGAUUUGUUAGCCGAACAGGAUGAACUUGCAGCGGCUUGUAACAGUUUCAUGGGUCUUUUAGCCGCCAUUUUGAAUCUACCAGAAGCCCAACAAUUACUACCACCACAACCACUCAAUGAAGUUGUACCACGAUUGUGGCCCUUUUUGAGUCAUAGUGCCUCAUCUGUACGUAAAGCCACCCUACAAACCCUUGGCACGUUAACUGAAAGACCCAUUGAUGGGUCACCAAUCACAUGGGAGGCUCAAUUAUUACAAGACGCCAUGAGACAUGUCUACCAACGUGUAUUGGUAGAACCACAAAGUGAGGUUAGAGACGUUGCCGAACACGUGUGGAAACAACUAGUCGAGAAUUCCGGUUUAGUCGAAUUAUUACACGCUGCAUGUCCUUUUAUAACCAUUUGGUUGUUUCUAAGUAUGCAAUCGACAAAACUCGCAUUUGAUCCGAAUUUUCUAAUACAUGCAAAAAGUCAUCGUAAAAAAACCAACGAUGGUUUACAUAAUUUUGAUCACAGUGUUGUCAUACCAAAGUGUUUUAUUGGUGGAACUGAAACAACACCAUUAGCAACACGUGAAAGUAAUGCAGUGCAAGUGAGAUGUAUGACAGCACGUAUGUUGGGUCUUUUAUCGUGUUAUAUAAUAAAACCAGCACCAGGAAUUGACUAUAGUGGCAACAUUGAAAAACCAAUUGAAUGUUACGAAAAAGUUCUUUUAGUACAUUUGAAUUCCAAGUCGGCGUUGCAACGUACAAUGGCCGGUUUGGUUAUAGCCGAAUGGGCCGAACGUGACCGAGAAACAUCGACAUGUCCCGAUGGUUUAAAAAAACGACUACAUGAAUGUCUCAACGAACGAGUUUAUUUCGAUGAGAUUGCACUCAGUUUCACACGAUUGACACAAGAAACGCGUGAUUUUAUGGCAACUUUAAAACACUAUAAAGUUCCGGUUAGUACCGAAAAUGAUAGUGUUUUCACAUUGGAACGUAUACAGGAAUUAACCGGUGUGACAACUCAAGAGACUCUAGUCAAAAUCAAGCUUAAAACUAAAGUCCAAGAAAGUUUAGAAGAGCGAAGACGUAGUAUACAAAACAGUGUUGUACAAACAAGCAACGAUCAGUUAGUUUUAAGUGUUAGUACGUUGGCAGCACUGGCUGGGGCUACAGUCAUGUUUAAGGCCCUACCAGAGAAACUCACACCUGUGGCAAAGCCACUAAUGGAAUCAGUAAAACGUGAAAACGAUGAAAAUCUCCAGAAAACAACAGCUAAACAUUUGGCACAUCUAUUGGAUCAGUGUCGGGGGCGUAAUCCUUGUCCCAAUGAUAAGAUUUUAGUUAAUUUGUGUACUUAUCUGAGAUGUGACCCGGAAUUUACACCAGUAAUUUAUAAACAAGAAGCUAAUAAUAGUAAAGAGUUGACUUGGACUAAACCGGGGAAUUACAACGGAAUUGUCACACUAAAUAAUCAACAGAAAGAUGCAGAAAGGGCGGCGUUUCGACGCUCGAAUUCAACCGGUCGUGGACCGGGACGUCCCCCAGCAACUGAUAUCCCUCUCGAUGAACUUUUUAAAGAAGAAGAUGAAACACAGAAAAAUAAUCGGAUUCAAAGACGGGGGGCUACACAUGCACUAGUCGCAAUAACCUCACACUUUGGAGAGGAAUUACCGGAGAAAAUUCCCAAAUUAUGGGAAUUAAUGGUGGGGCAAUUGUGCGAAACUAUAGAUCCUGAAAAUUUCGAUGCGAAAAGUUGGUAUGAGAAAGACGAGGAAUCGGAGCAACUAGUGUGGGCUUUACAAGUUCUUGAAGUCACUUCAUCUAGUCUCCAUUCAAGUCUAAGGCCACUUUUAAUGGAGAAAACAUUGAAACGUUUAUGUGUUUUACUAUCGCAUCCGUAUCAAGCGGUGCGCCAUCUAGCGUCACGUUGUCUUGCUGUUUUUUCUAAACUAGAUUCGGUUCGAGUCAUGGAAAUGAUAGUUGAGAUUGUUUUACCAAAAUUGGGGGCUAUUGAUUGUGAUAUUGAUCGACAGGGGGCAGUUGAGGCUAUUGCUUGUAUCAUUGAUACACUCCAGUUUGAUAUAAUUCCAUAUGUGGUAUUAUUAGUGGUACCACUUUUGGGGCGCAUGUCCGAUCAAAAUACCUAUGUGAGAUUGAUGGGUACACAUAGUUUUGCCACUUUGGUACAAUUAAUGCCGCUAGAUGGCGGGGUACCCGAACCGCCAUCUUUAAAAGGUAGUAUAUUGAGUGAGCGACGUGACCGCGAGAGGGAGUUUUUAAAACAAUUGCUUUCACCGACUACUAUACCUGAUUAUGUGGUUCCAGUACCAAUCGCUGCUGAAUUACGUAGUUAUCAACAAGCUGGUGUUAAUUGGUUGGCAUUUUUAAAUAAAUAUAAAUUACAUGGAAUUUUAUGUGAUGAUAUGGGUUUAGGGAAAACCAUUCAGAGUAUUUGUAUGUUGGCAGGAGAUCAUUACUAUCGUGAUCAGAAAUAUAAAGAAACAAAGUCGGCUGAUUGUGCCCCACUACCUUCACUUGUUAUUUGUCCGCCAACUUUGACCGGACAUUGGGUCUACGAAGUUGAGAAGUUUUUAUCACACAAAUACCUAAAACCGUUACAAUAUAAUGGUUCGCCAACAGAACGCGAAAAAUUAAGACACAAAUUCAAAAAACACAAUUUGAUUGUAGCCUCGUAUGAUAUAGUACGAAAAGAUAUAGGGGUUUUUAGUAAUAUUAAAUGGAACUAUAUAAUUUUGGAUGAAGGUCACGUGAUUAAAAAUGGUAAAACGAGGACUAGUAUGGCGAUUAAGAAUCUUGUUGCUAAUUAUCGAUUGAUUUUGAGUGGUACCCCCAUUCAAAAUAAUGUCUUAGAAUUGUGGAGUCUUUUUGAUUUUCUCAUGCCGGGCUUCUUAGGCACCGAAAAACAAUUUACGGCUCGAUAUUCGCGCCCGAUUUUGGCCAGUCGUGACCCCAAAUCCUUGCCCAAGGAACAGGAAGCUGGGGCGUUGGCUAUGGAAGCCCUCCAUCGACAAGUCUUACCGUUUUUGUUGCGUCGUGUCAAAGAGGAUGUUUUGGAUGAUUUACCGCCGAAAAUCACACAGGAUUAUUACUGUGAAUUGAGUCCACUUCAGGAGCGACUCUAUGAGGAUUUUUCCAAAUCACAAGCACAUCAAACAUUACAGGAAUCUAUCUCUUCAGGUGCUACCGCAAGCUCAAUGCAAGGCAACACUCACAUAUUUCAAGCUUUACGGUAUUUGCAAAACGUUUGUAAUCAUCCUAAGUUGGUUUUAAAUGCGAGUCAUCCACAAUAUGGGAAGAUUUUAACGGAUUUACAAGCACAAGACUCGAAAUUGGACGAUAUAAGUCAUUCGGCGAAAUUACCGGCUUUGAAGCAAUUAUUGCAAGACUGUGGUAUCGGUGUAACCGAACCGCAAUCAACCGAACUUGUUGUUAACCAACACCGAGCGCUUGUGUUUUGUCAACUUAAAGCCAUGUUGGAUAUUAUUGAGAAAGACCUUUUCAAAAAACAUAUGCCUGGAGUGACGUAUCUUCGUCUUGAUGGUUCAAUUCCACCAAGUCAACGUCAUUCAGUGGUGACUCGAUUCAAUAAUGAUCCAUCGAUUGAUGUUCUUUUGUUGACAACACAAGUUGGUGGUCUUGGAUUGAAUUUGACUGGGGCUGAUACUGUGAUUUUUGUCGAACAUGAUUGGAAUCCAAUGAAGGAUCUUCAAGCAAUGGAUCGGGCACAUCGUAUUGGUCAAAGGAAGGUGGUGAAUGUGUAUAGAUUGAUAACGAGAGCGACUUUAGAGGAGAAAAUUAUGGGUUUGCAGAAGUUUAAAGUUCAAACGGUCAAUACGAUUAUUAGUGGGAAUAAUAGUAAGUUGGAGACGAUGGGGACCGAUCAAUUGUUGGAUCUGUUUUCGCAUAAACCGUCCAAUUCGGGAGGGAAUGCAGGAGAUGGGGGUGGAAGUGGGAGUGUUAAGGCGAUCUUAGAAACGUUACCGGAAUUGUGGGAUCAGAAGCAAUACGAUGAUGAGUAUGACUUGUCGCAGUUUAUUUCUAAACUGAAUUGAAAAGGUCAGACGGAAAUGAGGUCGACCGCCUGGGAUUCGACCCAAAAAGCUACCUGUGAAAAGUAGAGCAAAUCCUUGACCCGAUUUUGAAACCGAUCGAUGCAAACAACAGGUAGUGUUUAUUGUCGUUUUAUUUACAGGUCUCGAAUUUAUCGACGUAACAACCAAAGAUUUAUUUAGGUAGAAGAGUCCAUUUCAUUUAUUUCCAUUUCUUUUAAUUUAUAUCAUUCAUGUGUGAAUCAAUUGCUUAGUUUGUAAAGUAGGACUUGUGUGUACUCGGAUUAAAAUAGCAAUAAACGUGUGUUUUUUUUUGAGAUAAAACAUUUAUUUAUUGAAUAUAGUUGUCUACAAGGUAUGACUUUUAUGGCAGUCAACAAUUUUUCAGUCAUGAUAUGAUUGGCUAAUCUAUGAUUAAGUACUAAUAAGGGGAUAACAAUCCCGACACAGCCUUUUUUACAAUACCAGCAAUCCCCAACUAAGUUAUUGCAGUCUACAAGCUACAAGCCACUACUUUCACAAUAAGUGUAUAUUAUUAUGACUUAUUAUUGUAUAGCAUAAUCACAUUAUAACUUGAUAAGCAUUUGUUGAUAACGAACAUAAAGCUCUACCUACACGUUUUUUGUUACAUUGAUUUAAAAAAAUAAAGGUUCUGCUGUAACAGACCCGAUAUAGGGUUAAGCUCAUUUUUCCUCA